UUCACAGAACAUGAGCGACACGAUGGCUGUGCUGCCAAAGUUGUCCACAGGCCUCGACGUUAAUGUGCGUUUUACAGGUGUGUCGGAUUUUGAGUACACUCCUGAGUGCAUCGUCUUUGAUUUGCUUGACAUUCUGCUCUACCACGGCUGGCUUGUCGACCCACAGAGUCCUGAGGUGGUGUCUGCAGUGGGCAAACUCAGCUACAACCAACUGGUGGAGAAGAUCAUAGAUUUCAAGCACUCGACAGAUAGCAGUCAAGUCAGUGAAG